GAGAGCAGGCAGCUAGCUGUGGCCUUUUCUCCUCCAUUUUCGCCAUCUGUUUUCACUUUUCUGCAAGUUUUCCCCUCUUCAGACGAUGCUUCAUCAAUUUCGAUUUAAGUUAUUCAUGAACUUUUAACCAAAGGGCUUUCUAAAGUGAUGGAACACAAGUCAUGGCUUUGGAAGAAAAAAUCUACUGAGAAAACAAUGAUUGCAGCUGACAAAGUAAACAGAGAGAAUGAAGACGAGGCAAAUUUGGCUGAUAAAGUGGAACUGCAGAGAAAUUUGAAAAUUUCUGAUGAAAAGCUUUCAGCUGCACUUGCAGAGAUCAAUGCUAAAGAUGAUAUCGCAAAGAAGCAGACAAACAUUGCGCGAGAAGCCAUUCAAGGAUGGGAGAAGGCAGAAACAGAAGUUUUAGCACUAAAGCAAGAACUAGAGAAAGCUACUCAGCAGAGAGUAGCUGAUGAGGAAAGAUUACAUGGUGCUGAUGCAGCAUUGAAGGAGUGUAUGCUGCAGUUGCGUUUUGUUCGUGAAGAGCAGGAAAAAAGGAUUCAUGAUGCUGUGAUGAAGACAUCAAGUGAACAUGAAAAAAGAAGAUUGAUUUUGGAGGAAAAGCUAGCUGAAUCCAAUAAGAGACUUUCCAAACUAGGUUUGGAGAACACUCAACUGAAUAAGACUGUUUCAGCAAAGGAAAAGAUGAUUGAUGAAUUACACUCAGUCAGAGCUCAGGUGGAUUAUGAUCUGAGUGCUGUUGUGGGUAAACUAGAAUCAACACAAAGAGAGAAUGCUUCUUUAAGUUAUGAGGUCCGAGUGCUAGAGAAGGAGCUUGAGAUUAGAAACGAAGAGAGGGAGUUUAAUAGACGAACAGCUGAAGUGGCACACAAGCAAUACCUGGGGAGUGUCAAGAAAAUUGCAAAGUUGGAGACAGAGGGCCAAAGACUACGCCUGCUUGUUCAAAAACGGCUGCCUGGCCCUGCUGCCUUGGCAAAGAUGAAGAAUGCGGUUGAAGUAUUAGGCACAGAGCCAGCUGAAAUUACAAGAAGAAGGUCAAACCCUUUCCCAAUAGCAUCAAAUGUAGUUGACAAUGCUUCUGAUGCUCCUAGUAAAAAGAUCACCUUCUUAACCGAGCAGUUGUGUGUAUUUGAAGAAGAGAACAGGCUCCUAAAGGAAUUCCUCAACCAAAAAACAAGUGAAUUGUCAAUAAGUCAAACAGCUAUGGGACCACCAAGAAACAUUACCACAUCUCAUGAAUUCUCAAUGGCUACUUCAUCUUCUGACAUGGGUAGUGAUGAAAAGGUCAGCAUGGCUGAAUCUUGGGCACCAUCAUGCAAUACUGUUGGAACUUCGGAUAUAGGCUUGAUGGACGACUUUGUUGAGAUGGAAAAGUUGGCGCUAGUUUCUGUUGACAAGCCAUUUGCAAGUUCUAGUCUUGUUCAGGAAAAUCAUUUGCAUUGGCUUGAUAAUAUAUUGAAAGUGGUCGCGGAGCAUGCCAGAAUAAUGCGAAGGAGUUCUAAUGACAUGCUAGAGGAUAUCAAAGCUGCUUUGGCAGGCAAAAGUAACUACAAUCUUAACAUGUGUGUCGACAAGAAGGAUGCAAACGGCUACAUUUCCGAGGAAAUUAAAACCCCAGAAAAAACCUUAGGCAAGGAUCCGGCUGAUGAAGUGGUUAAUCAUGAAAUCCCACCGACAGAUCUGAGCAAUGAACUACUCCAUUCUGGUGUGAACAAAUCGAUACAGAGACUUAUUGAACUUAUUGAAGGUAUCAGAUUGUCUGAGAAAGAUGACAAUUCAUCCCCUUACAAGACGUCAGAAACACCUACAGGGUACACUGUUCAUAUCUUUCAGUGGAAAACAUCUGAGCUUCGGGCUAUUUUGGAUGCAUUUCUUCAAAGCUGUAAUAAGUUUCUAAAUGGGAAGGUCGGUAUGGAGGACUUUGCCAAAGAGUUGACUUCUGCUCUGGAAUGGAUAGUGAACCACUGUUUUUCCCUUCAAGAUGUCUCAAGCAUGAAAGAUGAAAUCAAGAAGCACUUCGAGUGGGAUGAAACACGCAGUGAGAGCGAGGUGGAAGGUGGAAUCAUCAAUCAUUUGUCAGAAGCUGAUAAGUUGAACUUUCCAAAAGAUCAAUUACCAGGUUGGCCUAUGGCUUCUUCUUGGAACAUAAGAAAUAAAAUUUUCCACUUUGAAGAGCUUCGACCAAAUGUGAGGGAAGAAGUUAGAAAAUUGAAAGAUGACCUGGCACAUAUGGAAUCUAUAAAUAAGGAUUUGGAAGGUAAGCUCCAAUCGGAAAGUUCCAAGUGUGCAUCCUUGAUUAUUCAACUUCAGGAAUCAGAGAAAGYUAUUGGAAGUCAGCAAACAGGGGUCGAAGCUCUAAAUGAACAGAAGGGAACUCUCAAAGACCAAAUAGAAGUAGAUAUAACGGUGAAAGAGCUUGACAAACAUCCAAUUAAGGUUAUUGCUGAAUGCAAUGAGGCUCAUCAAGAAUCUACAUCUAUCAAGGAGCAAGAAAAUAGUACCAACUCUGAUGAACCACUGGAUGCCACACACCUCCAUCCGGAAAGCAUUACCGAAGAUGAAGUGAAAAUCUGUGAUUUGGACCAGGAUGAAGGAACCGUUCGAAGCGCGCAGGAAAUAACAGCAGCUUCAGAAAAGUUGGCUGAAUGCCAAGAAACCAUCUUAAACCUUGGGAAACAGUUGAAGGCAUUGGCUUCAUUACCCACGGACACGUCUUUAUAUGAUAGUUGUGAAAUUACCACAUCCCCCUUGCGCAAUGAGAACAGCAACCAACGGACCUCUCUACUUGACAAAAUGAUCACCGAGGACGCAACAGGAGCUCCACGGACUCAAAAAACGAAAGAGAUGACCCGUAACUUGACGUCACCUGCCGUGUUGGAAGGGCAUUUGAAUCCUAUCAUGUCUCCACGGAUGUUUGUAAGUGUAAAUGGAGUGAAAGAUGAAAAAGAUGAAGAAGAUUUGGUGAACUUUUUGUCAGUUGUGACAAAGAAGAAGAAGAAAAGCAGUGGUGGUGGAAUUCUGAGAAGAUUAUUUUGGAGCAGGAGAAAAAGGUAAUAACAAGUGGAGGGGUUUGGUUGUUUUGUUUUAUGUUGAAAUAAUGUUACGAGUGUGUUCGUUCGUUCGUUGUGGUAAUGUAAAUACGACAGACUCUAGCGAAAAGACAGGGUUUGCUUUUGAAUCGUGUGUAUGUGAAGGUUACAGUAAUCUUUUGUUAGCGAGAUGGAUAUCUUCACAAAAGAGAUAUGUCAUUUUUA